AGUCGACGAGAAGGAGGCGUACCAAGACUAAUUGUUUACGUGUGAUCAGUCUGGCCAGUCACACUAAAUAGCGGACUCCUCAGGUUAUUUUCAGCAGAUUUAGGACAGCUUCAGUGUACUGUAAUGCUCGGAGCAGAGCGAUCUACUCUCUCUGAACUAGCGAAGAUGACGGCCGCGAGUCAAGCAGAGAGGACUGUGCUGGAAGAGGAGUUUAAUUGGCUGCUGAAAGAAGAGGUCCAUGCGGUGUUAAAACAGCUGCAAGACAUUUUAAAGGAGGCGUCAAGACGUUUUUCGAUGCCGUCACCAGGUCUGGAAGGACAACUGAAACAAGAGAACUUCAUUCUGGGCAGUUCAACGAUGGACCAGGUGAAAGGGGUUUUGACACUACAAGGAGAAGCUCUAACUCAGGCUGAUAUUAAUAUUAAAGUGGCUAAAAGCAGUCAAGUCAUGCAUUUUGCAUUCCGUGAUGAUAAACAGUGGAAACUGCAGCAGAUUCAAGAUGCCCGAAACCAUGUGAAUCAGGCCCUGCAGUUACUAAGCAGCCGUGACGACAGUUACACCUUCAAAACGGGUGCUGAGGUCAACAAGCUCAUGGAUGCAGUAAUGCUUCAGCUGACCCGAGCCAGAAACAGACUGACGACCCCAGCCAGCAUGACGCUUCCUGAGCUCGCGGCCAGUGGCCUAAUGAAAAUGUUCACGCCUCCCAUGCCCGGUGACGUGAUGGUGAAUUUCUAUAUCAAUCUCAGUAAACUGUGUUUGACAGUGUAUCAACUACAUGUACUGCAGCCUAACACUACUAAGAACUUCAGAUCAGCAGGAAGUUCAGUGCUUCAUAAUCCAGGAGCAAUGUUCGAAUACAACAACACCAAGUUCGAGGUGAGCCACGUUCAUAAGGUGGAGUGUGUCGUGCCGUGGCUAAACGACACUCUGGUGUUUUUCACCAUUUCCCUGCAACUCUGUCAGCAGCUCAAAGAUAAGAUUUCUGUCUUCUCCAGUUUCUGGAACUACAGACCAUUUUAAGCUGCAUCUAACCAAAACUCUAGUCGGUGACCAUAAACAUGAUGAAUUUAUUAUGCACUAGGAACAAAGAAUUCCACGAACAAGCUCCCUGAUAUAAUUUGUGACUUCGCUAUAUGACCAUGUAUUCAUUUCGUGUGCUUUAUUGUUCAGUAUGUGUUCUGCAGCAGAAAUAGAGUGUGCUGUGUAUGUAGUAUACAAACUGAAUUCAUUCAUUUGAAACGACAGGCUCUUCAGAUGAAGGUAUUCAGCAAUGCCUUGUUUUGUCUAUGCAGUAUUUGUCUUUGUCAGUGUUGUCUGUCAGUAAUCUUGCAUCAUCUGAUAUGUGUUUAGGCUAUAGGCAGGAAAUGCUACUAAUUACGUAAUGCUUACAUUCUUAUGUCACAGAAACUGUGAAAUAUUCUAGUUGAGAUCUCUUCAGACUCAUUUUACCAGUGUUUUUGCCUUUUUAGAGCAGUGGGUUGUAACACUUGAACAUUAUCUGAUGCCAGGGACUAUCUUUAGUGCAGAAAAGCACAAGCAUUGAGACCAUUAUCAUAUGCUUACGAAUGUGCAUAAAUGACCAAUAGUGUAUUUGCCAUUGUGACGCAACUGUGGUAUGACUAUAUUAACACUAAAUGACAGAUUAGAGUAAAACGACACAUUCCUGAGGACGGCUGAUUAGGGAGCAGAGCUCAGCAUCCAGUGAGGAAAAAAAGGAAUAUUAUAUCAAGCGAUUAGUUCAGAUGCUGAUCAGGUUUCUCUGUGCUGAUACUUCAUUUAUUUUGUCAGCUUUAUUUAUUGCUACAUUUUUUUUUAUUUAUUUUGUCAAAUGCACUUAAUUUGUCUAUUGAUUUCAUGCAUGUUAAUUUGAAUACUGAUUCAUGUUUUAAGGAAAACCUAAGCUAUUUUCAUGUGUAUUUCAUGCUUAAUACGAAAUAUUUUGUGCAAUAAACAUAAUAUCAACAUUA